AUGCAGUGGACUACAAAAACUUUUUUAACAAAAACAAAACGCGGCAAUGUUUUGAAAAUUGUAAGGGAGCACUAUUUACGUGAUGAUUUGCUAUGUGGAUCUGCUGUGUGUAACAUUUGUCCUCAUAAAGAUGAUGAGAUUGUAUUAGACAAUAAACCAGAAUCCAUUUGCAAAUUAUUUGAUUUUGAACAUUACCUUGUUCUUGACACCAACGUAGUUCUUCAUCAGAUAGAUGUUCUAGAAGAAAAUGCUCUGAAAAACAUUAUAAUAUUACAAACAGUUCUAGAGGAAGUAAAGCAUCAGAACACUGCUAUCUUUCAAAGACUGUUGGAGAUUGUGGGAAAUAAAAAUAGGAAGUUUUAUUCCUUUGUCAAUGAACAUCAUAAAGAUACUUAUGUAGAGAGAAAUCCCCAUGAAAAACAAAAUGAUCGUAAUGAUCGUGCAAUCAGAAGAGCAGCAUCCUGGUAUGCAUCUCACUUGCUGUUAUCAAAGAGUGAUUUUGAUGGCAAAAUACCUCAAAUUAUUUUACUCACUGACGAUGAAAAUAACAGAAAGAUUGCUCAAAAAGAAGGAAUUGUUUGUUGUACAGUCAAAGAAUAUGUUGAAAACAUCACUGGUUUUGCUGGUUUAGUUGAUAAAUUAUCUAAGAAUGUUAUACCAGAAACCUGUUCUAAAGAUGCACUAUAUCCUGCUCAUUUAACACCAAGUCAGAUCCAUUCUGGUAUAAGGGGCGGCAAGUUAUAUCAGGGAACAUUUCAUGCAUCCAGGGAUAAUUUUCUAGAGGGUACAGCAGUUGUCAGUUCUUUUGACAAGCCUAUUCUACUACAAGGCCACAGUGGUAUUAACAGAGCUAUAGACGGCGAUAUUGUUGCUAUUGAAAUUUUACCCAAAGAAGAAUGGAGAAAGCCAAGUGACAUUGUACUGGAAGAUAAAGCAGAUGAUCCGGGCGACACACUCGAAGAAGAAGCUCUUCUUAAUACUAAGGUGGACAGCGAAGAUGAAAUAACACCAACCGGAAAAGUUGUUGGCAUUAUAAGAAGAAAAUGGCGACAGUAUUGUGGUAUUCUUUUGCCAAGUAAAUUUCCAGGAGCUACAAGACAUUUAUUCACCCCAGCAGAAAAAAGAAUUCCCAGAGUUAGAAUAGAGACGCGUCAGAGUGAUAUACUCAUUUCUCAAAGGAUUCUUGUUGCAUUGGAUUCUUGGCCAAGGAACAGUAGAUAUCCAUUAGGACAUUUCGUAAGAUCACUCGGUCCCAUAGGUGACAAAGAUGCUGAGAACGAAGUAAUUUUACUGGAACAUGAUGUACCACAUGCAAGAUUUAGUGAGGCAGUACUGGCUUGUCUGCCUCCAGAUGAUUUUAAAAUACCUGAAGAGGAGAUAAAGAAACGCGUGGAUUUGCGUUCAAUAUGUAUAUGUUCAGUGGAUCCUCCCGGCUGUACCGAUAUCGAUGAUGCUCUGCACGCGCGGCCGCUACCAGGAUUGUCUCCGGACGGCCUCAAGACUUAUGAAGUUGGAGUUCAUAUAGCAGAUGUAACUUACUUUGUGAGACCAAACACUGCUUUAGAUAAAGAGGCAGCGGCAAGGUCUACUACAGUUUAUUUAGUAGAUCGGAGAAUUGAUAUGGUCCCAGGUCUUUUGAGUUCAAACUUAUGUUCUCUGCGCGGUGGUGAAGAGAGGUUGGCUUUUUCGUGUGUGUGGGUUGUCGAUGAGAACGCUAAUGUUUUAUCAACCAAAUUCCAUAAAAGCGUUAUAAAGUCUUCAUCGGCUAUGACGUAUGAGGAAGCGCAGAUAGCAAUCGAUGACUCGACCAGAAAUGAUGAGAUCGCUUCGUCUCUACGGACAUUGAACUCUUUGGCUAAAAAGUUAAAGCAAAAGAGAUUGGACAAUGGCGCCCUCUUGCUGGCGUCGCCAGAAAUACGGUUUCAGGUGGAUUCCGAGACUCACGAUCCCAUAGAAGUUCAGGCAAAGAAGAUAAUGGACACAAACUCUAUGGUUGAGGAGUUCAUGUUGUUGGCGAACGUGAGUGUGGCUGAACGUGUGGCGACCGACUACCCGCGGUGUGCGCUACUCAGGAGACAUCCCUCGCCACAACCACACAGCUUCGACACGUUCCUCAAGGCUGCCAGGCAACAGGGCUUCGAGUUGGAUGUAUCAACUAACAAGUCGUUCUCAAAGUCUCUCAACGAAGCCGUAAUACCAGAUCGUCCGUUCUUCAACACUCUCCUCCGUAUAAUGGCGACUCGUUGUAUGCAGCAGGCAGUUUACUUCCCAAGCGGAUCCCGAACUCAAGAAGAAUUCUACCACUACGGACUGGCUUGUCCUAUUUACACACAUUUCACAUCGCCCAUACGCAGAUAUGCAGAUGUCAUAGUACAUCGUCUGUUAGCGGCCAGUAUAGGCGCGGACGUGAGUCACGCGUCGCUCCUCGACACUAAGGCUGCGGACGCACUGUGCGACAACCUCAACUACAGACACAGACAGGCGCAGUACGCGGGUCGCGCGUCUGUGGCGCUCAACACGCAUAUAUUGUUCAAAAAUCGUGAAGAAAUAGAAUCGGCGGUGGUGCUCGCUGUAAAACGGAACGCGCUACAAGUCCUUAUACCUAAAUACGGACUUGAAGGACCUAUAUACUUACCGUCUGAUAAGUUCAGAUACAAUGAAGAGGAACACGUCCAAAUCUGUGGUGACGUCAUCUUGCGUACGUUCGACGAACUAACUGUCCGUUUGACGUUAGACAGCAGUAACUUACAACAUAGGAAAUUAGUUUUCCAACUGGUAAAACCUAGUAUACCGGGAGUAAGUUACAUUGCUGAUGAGCAAGUGGAAAAGAUGGAAAUAGAGGAAAUAGACAAAAAGGAAAACGAAAAGAAAAGAAAGGAAAGUACAGGCGGCAAAAAUAAGAAAAAGAAAUCGAAGAAAUGA